UACUCCAACUUGGAAGAAUAUUAAGAGCAGCUCACUUCAGGUUGCAACCUACAGCUUUAUCUCUCUCUCUCUCUCACUCAAAUGGAAAAACAAAUCAACAUAGAGAGUAGUGUUACUCAUCAUCAAGAUAAUGUAACAACCUCCACCGUUGCCCCCAUGACAUCUUCAUCGGAAUCGUGGUCUUCAUCCAAAAGAGCGUUAGUGCAAGACAAUGAAGCUGGCGGAAAACGUAGGAAGAGCAACGGUCGAGAUCGUAACGAGAAUCCGACGCCGUAUAGAGGAGUAAGGAAGAGGAGCUGGGGAAAAUGGGUGUCAGAGAUUAGAGAGCCAAAGAAGAAGUCAAGAAUAUGGCUUGGGACUUAUCCAACGGCUGAGAUGGCAGCUCGAGCUCAUGAUGUAGCGGCUUUAGCCAUUAAAGGCAACUCCGGUUAUCUCAAUUUCCCUGAAUUAUCCGGGUUGCUUCCUCGUCCGGUUAGCUGCUCUCCCAAGGAUAUACAAGCCGCAGCUGCUAAAGCCGCGGAAACCACAUGGCAAGAACCGGUUAUCCAUAAGAAACUAGUCGAGGAGCUAAGCCAUUAUGAGUUGUCGACGGCUGAUCAGUCUUCGACUUCCAGCAGUUUCGUUUUUUCUUCGGACUCUUCGGAGACUUCGAGUACGGACAAGGAAAGCAACGAAGAGACGGUGUUUGAUUUGCCGGAUCUUUUCACGGAAGGACUUCUCAACCAAAAUGACGCGUUUCGUUACUACGACAGCACGUCCCCAUGGCAGCUUUUCGGAGAUGAUGUGGUGUUCCGGCUUGAAGAGCCGUUCACUUGGCUAGAUGCAUAGUUCCAUGCACUAUGGUUUUACUUUUAACUAAUUUUCAGUAUAUAUUUUUUUUUAGUUUUUUUUUUUUUGAAACUGGCUUUGUUUCA